UCCCAGGCCCCGCCCCCCGGAUGAGGACACUUCAAGACCAGCCUCCCGAGCAGGUUGGGUGGCUGUCAGCGCCUCUGUGCCCGCCACGUCGCAGGCAUGGUGACUUCAGAGACCACGGAUAUACUCUUCAGAAUAAGGGGAGGCCUUGAUCUAGCCUUCCAGCUGGCUGCUGCUAAUGAAGUUUUUAUCAAGAAAGCACUCAAUCAUGUGUUGAGUGACCUGUCAACCAGGCUUGCUUCAGACGCACUGGUGCUCAGAGUUCGCCACAGCUCAGUGUAUGUGUGGCCAAACAGUGACCAAAACACGAUGCCGGGAGAACUGACGGACCGUUCUGCUUGUAAGACCGUCAUGCGCUUUAUCCAAUUUGAACAGGAAGAAGAUACAAAACGAAAAUUCAUGAAAAAGAAAGACAAAAAGUUAUCUGACAUGAAUCAAAUAGUGAAUAUAGAUCUUAUGCUGGAAAUGUCAACCUCUCUGGCAGCCGUGACCCCCGUCAUCGAAAGAGAGAGCGCAGGACACCACUACGUCACGAUGACGCUGCCGGUGGAUGCGGUCGUAUCGGUGGCUCCCGAGGAGGCGUGGGGAAAAGUUCGCAAGCUUCUAGUUGAUGCAAUUCAUAACCAGCUCACCGAUAUGGAAAAGUGCAUGCUGAAAUACAUGAAAGGGACCUCCAUCGUCGUCCCCGAGCCGCUGCACUUUUUACUCCCAGGGGAGAGAAACCUUGUGACAGUUUCGUACCCAUCGGGGAUCCCAGACGAGCAGCUGCAGGCCUACAGAAGGGAACUACACGAUCUCUUCAACCUGCCGCACGACAGACCUUAUUUCAGAAGGCCUAAUGCCCACCGCUUUGCAGAUGAGCCGUACAAAGACGGUUACAUUAGAAAUCCACACGUGUAUCUCAACCCACCUAACAUAGAGACUGGUAUGGUUUACCUGGUCCAGGGCGUGUAUGGCUACCAUCAUUACAUGCAGGACCGCACAGAUGACAGCGGCUGGGGCUGUGCCUACCGCUCCCUGCAGACCAUCUGCUCCUGGUUCAGGCACCAGGGCUACACCGAAAAGCCCAUCCCCACGCACAGAGAGAUCCAGCAGGCUCUGGUGGACGCUGGAGACAAACCAGCCACCUUUGUGGGGUCUCGGCAGUGGAUUGGCUCCAUCGAGGUGCAGCUGGCCCUGAACCACCUCAUGGGCGUGACCUCCAAGAUACUGUUCAUCAGCCAAGGCUCCGAAAUGGCCGCCCAGGGACGGGAGCUGGCUCGGCACUUCCAGAGUGAAGGCACGCCGGUGAUGAUCGGGGGAGGAGUCCUGGCCCACACAAUCCUGGGAGUUGCCUGGAAUGAGAAUACGGGGCAGAUAAAAUUCCUGAUUUUAGAUCCACAUUAUACAGGCGCUGAGGAUCUGCAGGUUAUUUUGGAAAAGGGCUGGUGUGGAUGGAAGGGCCCGGACUUCUGGAACAAGGAUGCUUACUACAAUUUAUGUCUUCCUCAGCGACCCAAUGUUAUUUAAAACGUCUUGGGCUCAAAGACUGCAGUCGAGUUUAUUAUAAAUGUGUUAAUAAAAAAAUAAGUUUAAUUUCCAAUUAAAUCCUAGAUGUAGUCUGAUGGUUUAACCUUGAUUUUUUCUAAAGGUGUAAAUACUACACACAAUAAAGACUUUAUUCUUUAGACAUUCCUUUAAUAACUUAAAAGGCAUAGCAGGCACAAGUAAAAUAUUACAGGCAUAUAAAUGCACGCAUUCAUAAAUGUUAUCUUCUCUUAGAAGAAAGUUUCCUCCUUCUUGGAAGGAGUUUAGACACACCUGGCGAGCCAGGAGCCACGGCUUGUAGCUGAGCAGGAGGUUUGCAUGAAGUGAAGGCCCCUUCACACCGUUUCUUAACCAACAAGACAUCUGUUGUUGAAGAACAUUAACAACAGUUAAUGUUUUUAAAACAGUGACAGUUUUAAAAACUAUUUUAAAAAGGUUAUCUCCCCAACUUUCCACCCUGCAGGACAAUUUUUGGUUUCUAGAAUCUACUAAUCAUUACUAGAACCGGUCUUAAAAUGUUGUUAAUGAGAAUCAGAAAGGUAUAUUAGAAAUAAGACUGCCAGGAUUUAAAUAAAACAACAAACUCUGUGCUAACUAAGAGAUGCUUGAGGGAGGGAGGGAGGAAGAAGAGGAAACUCCGAGUGACUCACCAGCACCUCCUUUUCCCACUUGUGUUUUCUGUGCUUCCAAAACUGCGCUUCUGUCUGGGCGUCGGAACACCCUGGUCUCUGCUGGAUGGUUCGCCUGAUUUUUUUGUCUGCAUACAUUUCAUUGCUGUAAGAAACCUGGCACAUUCUGGAAAUCCAUGUGACCAAGCUAGAUCUUCAGCUGUUUCCCCGUUCUUAUUACAUAAGCUGAAUUUAAAAAUAAAAAUCGAGUUAA